AACACACUCCUGCAACAAUUCUCUCAAGUUCUCUCCGUAUCUUACUCUUUUCCAAUCAAAAUUCAAAACAAUCUCUAAUCUGACAAUGACGACUUCUGUAAAGAACAACUUCAUGCCUCCCGCGCUGAUCUCGAAUCUUCAGCAAGUACUCAUCAGUAGAAACGACGCCGUUGAAGAACAGUCCAAUUCCAAGUCCAAGGAAUUAAACGGAAAAUGCUGUUCAAAUAACGGCGAUGAGGCUAAUGUAGAGAAGGAUAGUGAGAAGCCUGUGAUAUUGUUAACAAACGGAGAAGGAAUAGAGUCUCCUGGACUCACAUCACUCGUCGAAGCUCUUGUGCGUGAUUGUCUGUUUAACGUCCAUGUCUGCGCGCCUCAAUCGGAUAAAUCGGCGUCAGGUCAUUCUGUGACGGUGAGAGAGACUCUUGCUGUGAGUUCAGUUGAAAUGAAUGGCGCUACUGCUUUUGAAGUUUCUGGGACUCCUGCGGAUUGUGUAUCUUUAGCUUUAUCUGGAGCAUUGUUUUCUUGGACAAAGCCAGUUUUGGUAAUCAGCGGAAUAAACAUGGGAUCAAGCUGUGGCCAUAAGAUGUUCUACUCUGGGGCUUUUGCUGGAGCUAGAGAGGCCCUGAUAUGUGGUGUACCUUCGCUUUGCCUAUCAUUAAACUGGAAGAAGGAUGUGAGCUCUGAAAGUGAUCUAAAAGAUGCAGCCAGUGUCUGUUUACCAUUGAUAUAUGCAGCUGUAAAAGAUAUUGAGAGCGGGAUUUAUCCAAAAGGUUGCUUAUUGAGUGUGGACAUUCCCAUUACUCCCUUAACUAACAAGGGAUUGAAGGUGACUAAGCAGAGUAUGUGUAGGUCAUCUCUAAGCUGGCAAGCAGCAUCCGCAAACAGACAUCCUUCAGCUGGCCACUUCAUGUCCAACCAGCAAAGCCUUGGUAUUAAGCUUGCACAGCUCAGUCGGGAUGCCUCUGCAGCUGGUGCAGCACGGCGGUUGAACUCACAUCGGAAGAAUGUGGAGAUUGAAUCUAUUGGGGUUGCAGGAAAGUUUAAUACUCAGCAAAAAGUAAAAAAAUACUUCCGUUUAGAGUUAUUGGAGAAGGAGUCAGAAAAUGUAGAUGAUGAUCUAGAUUUUAGAGCUGUUGAAGAUGGAUUUGUUGCUGUCACUCCCUUUUCUUUAUCUUCAACAAUGCAGUCAGAAAUUCAAACCUUGGUUUCAGAUUGGAUUGUUGCUGCAAAAUGCAAAUAGCAGGAACCGUUGAAGCUUUCAUCCUAUCAAUCCACUCACGUGGCUCGGAUGGUCUCGGCAAGAUAGUAUUUGGUAACUUAUGAAGCAGAUGCUUUCAGUCCCUGUCAUUGAUUUUUAGAAUAUACAGGUUUUAUGCGUCUGUUAAUUCAUAUAUGUUACCAUGCAUUCUGUAAAUUAUAUGUGCUUCAGUUUCUGUAUGCUACAACUUGUUCAGUUUGAAAUAAUCUCUUAUCUGGGAGAUGUGUGAUCUUGUUUU